AUGAGCCGCCUCCUCCAAGCCUACCACAUCUGCGCUACUGGCGCAACACAGCCCUUGAUGGGUGUACUUUGGUGCGUAUGCAACCCGCACGACCUUCUUAGACUCGGGCUGCGACGCCGACGCAUUUGCCUCCACAUCGUCAGCCUUUCGUUCCCGACCUUCCUUCGCAAGCUUCUUUAUCUCUUGGGCGGCUUCCUUUUCCUGACGCUUCGCGCGGGCCUCGACGAGAUCCUCAAAGCUCAUGGCUUUAACCUUACCGAGAACCGUCGACUUGGCCGACCGCCUAGCUUUGGCUUCAUCGUUCGUCUUUGGCAAGAAUCGAAUCUGGUCUUGCUGCAGGGCACCUCUAGCGAACAAUGCUUGAGCGGCCCUGGCAAGUUAUGGGAGGUGCCUCUCAAGGUUCUGUUUACUGGUGUCAUCGAGCAGACACGCAUGUUGUGUGAGGAUCAGAUCGUGUAG